AUGAACAGCAGCAUCUCUCUGCACGGCUUCACAAACCAUUUACAGGAAGGAAAGAUGAAGCUGUUGGUGUGGCUGAGUGUUCUCCUCUUCCUCUUUGCCUGUCAUCUCACUGAGGCCAGAGUCAUCCCAGAAGGAGUGCCAUAUGAAGAACCGCCAGCCGUUCCCUACUGGCCCUACUCCACCUCUGACUUCUGGAACUACAUUGAAUACUUCAGAUCCAUUGGCGCCUACAACCAUAUCAACGAGAUGGCCCGGACCUUUUUCGCCCACCAGCACCUCGGAGACACCCUGGGAUAUGAGAGCAAUGCGGGACAUGAACACUGAAUAAAAAAGAAAAGCAUUUCUGAGAUUAUGAGGAUAAGGAAAUAAAAAUAUUGAGUAAAAAUAACAUGCAAGAAUUUAAAUGAAGUGAAUACUUUGAGAUUUAUUCUUUUCCCAAGUAUAUCACUGUUUUUAGUGUAGUCAAGAAUAUAUGUAGAGU